GCAGAAUGCAUCUUGUCCAUUGGGCCUUCACAACUCUUCUGGGAAUUGGGUCAUUUGGUUUUUGUUAUGCUGGACCUAUUCAUGCACAGUGUAAAGUGGACUGGUACUUUGGGAUACCAUGUAGAGUGGUUUAUGAAUCACUUGUUUCACAAAUUAAGAAAUGGACAACAUCUAGCUGCCUGGCAGGGGGACAGAGGUGCCUCUACAAGCUUCAGUCAGCCUCUGUCCAUUUUAUAACUGCCAAGCAUGCCAGUCCUGAUAAGAGGUAUGUGGAGGACAUCAACUUCAGAUUGGUUUCCUAUCAGUUCUUUGCAUCUUGUCAUGUUACAGCGAUGUCCAUCUCUGAGAGCUGGUAUGCUAUGAAAGACCAUGGCACCAACUACUGCAACCUUUAUAAUCUUAUAGAAGGAAGUCAUCUUACUCAAUCCAGAGGGUACAAGGAGGUCACCAGUGAGUUCCUGUGUACUCAGCGCUCCACUGCAAACUGCACAGUCUAUUGACUGAACAUCUACAAUUACCAAAGACAACAACAAUCACAGUCACA